AUGGAUUUCAAAAAUUCGAAAUUUAUUGAAACAUUAAUCUAUUAUUUUUCUAUAUUUAAUGAAGAUUUAAAAAAUAAGGGAUCAAAAAAAGUUAGGGAAUCUAGGAAAUUCAAUUUUCAUUUUGAUGAUUUAUCACUCUUGUUAGAUAAUUUGGGUUCUAUUGAUCGAUUUUCUGAAGAAGUAAUAUCAGAUUUUUCUCAAUUUGUUAAUGACUUUGAAUGUUUUCUUAUAAGAAUUUGUAAAGAUAAAAUAUUUUUAGAUCUGGAUUUUGUUUUUUUAGAAAUCGUUAUUAUUAUAGCAUAUAAAAUUAAUAAUUAUCAUUUGAAAUUGAAGUCUCUUAAGAUUCUUCUGAUAUGGCUGCGUAAUCAUUCUGGUUUAAGAAAUUAUGCUCAUCCGAAUUUUAUUAUAAAUCUUUUAAAUAUUUCUUGUAAUGUUUUAGAAAAUAUUUGUUUAAGAAGAAUUGCAUUAUUUAUUAUUAAUUGUUUAAUUAAAAAAAAUGUUGAAAAUAAAAAGACGAUUAUGGAUAAAAAUGAAUUUUUUGAUUUAAAAGGAAUUGGAAAUUCUAUUAUGGUUUCUGAUGAUUUUAAACUGCAAGAGCUUUGUGUGGAGCUUAUUCAUGAGCUUUUGCCUCCAAAAGAUUCUCCAAUAGAGUUUUAUAAUAGAAGAUUUGAUCUGUUUUUUUCUUUAAAUAGUCUUUCUGAAGAUUUAAGGAAUGAAUUUCUUGAUAUGCAAGAUUCAGGAUGGAUGCAUCCUCCUAAGUGGUUGAUGACUUUGAAUAUUAAAAGAAAGUGUGAUUCUGCACCUUUGACAUUUAAAUGUCUUUAUUUGAAACUUGGUGAAAAUGUAUUUAGUUCUUUUAUUGAUGACAGUGUAUUGUUUGUACAUGUCUCAAAGAAUUUUCUCUCUAGUGUUGUUUUUAAUUCAAAAAAUGAGAAGAAUUUAUUAGAUAUAGCUUUAAAAGAUGUUGAAGAAAUUAUCGAAUCUGAUAGUCAAAUUAUUUUAAGACUCAAAGAAAAUAUUGAUGAUGAAUCUUGUAUAGGUGAUGAUUUAGGUUUUUUUAAUUCUGUAAUGUUUUGUUUUGAUAGUAACUUUGAAACAAAAACAAUAAUUCAAGAAAUUGUUAAGAGAAUAAAAAAGAAUAUGGAUUUAGGUACUAAUAUUAAGUGUAGUAUUAUGGAAUGUCCCAUUAGUUUGAAGUUUAAAAGUGAAAAUAAUUUUAAUUCUAAUGAUUCUUUUUCUCAACAAAGAAUAAUCGUACCGAAUAUGGAUAAAAGUGUUGAUUUUGUUGUUGAAAAUCUAUCCUUAAGAAAUGAAUCAGGAAAUUCUAAGUCUUUAAAUAUUCUUUCAGAAGAAAAUAUUAAGGAUAAAAAAUCACUUUAUGUCGAUUGCAAUGAAAUUAAAGUUGAAUCUCAACUUAAUGGUCUUUGUUGUCCUUCUGAUAACAAUCGUUUGUCCUAUAUAAACUCUGGUUCAGAGAAUUUUAAAAAGGGUAAUGAAAAAUAUUUUUUGCGGGUUUCUACGCAAGUGCAAGAUUUAUUUUCUUUGGUUACUUUAGAAAAUAAUGAUAUUUCAAAAAAUAUUAAGCUUUCUGAAAAAAUGAAAAAAAAAAAUGGAAGUUUGAAAGAAUUGACAAAUAUUUUUCCUUUAGAUGAUGUUUCAAAAUUAAAUGAAAAUAGUAGUCAUAUAAUAAAACAGAAAAAUAAUAGUGAUAAAAAUCUUAAUAACGAUGAUAUAUAUGAUUUUCCUUCUGAUGAUAUAUUUUAUUUUAAUAAAUUGCAGACUGGUGGAUCAGGAUCUAAGAAAAAAUAUAUCUUAAAAUCCAGUUUACCUGCGUAUAGUUUGCAGAAAAAAAAUAAAAUUCAAAAUAGAUUACGAACAAGUAAAAAGUGUUAUUCAAAUAAAAAUGUUCUUAAAAAUGAUUAUUCAUCUGCUACUGAUUAUGAUAUUUUACCUAAUGAUUUGUUGUCUAAUAAUGAUAUUAAUUCGAUUAAAAAAGGUAAUAAAACUAAGAUUAGAAAAAGAUCUUUUUCAGAUAAAAAUUUUAAUUGCAAAGAAUUUUUAAGUAAAGCAGAAUUACCUCAAUCAAAAAAAUCUUCUUUAAAGUUUCAUCGAAAAGCAUGUAAGAAUAUUAACUAUGAUUCGGGUAUAUUAUCGAGUCCUGAUAAUAAUAUUAAAAUAUGUCCAAGAUUUAAAAAAAAGGAAAUCGUGUUAUCAACUAAUAAGACUUAUUCUUUGCAGUCUGAGAAAAAUCUUAAUGAGAAUUAUAACCAGUCUUUGGUUAAGAGUUCGUAUUCUAAAAAACAAAAUAAUUUUAUUUUAAAUGAUGAAUUGUUGCAAGGAAAUAGCAAUGAAAUGAAUGUUGACAUUAAUAUGGAAGGAAAAACCAAUGUUGAUUUUAUGGAUGAAUCUUUUGAAUGCAAACCUCAAAUUAUAACAUGGAGUAAGGAUGGGCCUUUAGAUAACACAUGUAAAAUGUUUGAUUUUAAUAAAAAAUUAAAUAAUUUAUCUGUAGAUAUAUCUGAUAACAAUGCUUUAUGUAACUCUGAAACUGUUUUAGAGCUAUCUAUGGUAAACGAAACAAUAAAAGAUGUUGAAGAGAAAUAUUCUUGUUCUGAUGAUGCUAUUGUGGUUGAAAAUAUAAUGAAAAUUGAAAAGGACUCUGAAAAAGAUAUAUAUAACAAUUUUGAAAAAAAUACAUGUGAAAAAUUUAACGAUAUUUCUAUCGUUCCAAAUGAUGAGUUAUUAGAACAUAUUACCGCUAAUGGUUCUAUUAGCCCCUUGAAUAUGUAUAAGAAAAAUGAUAUUUUUAGUAAAGAUAUAAAUUUUAGCAAUUUUCCUAAUAAUUUUUAUAAUAUUUUGAAUGCUUAUGGGUUAUUACCGAUAGUGAAAGCGGAUGAUGUUAAUGAUAUUUCUGCAAUAGACCCUGAUAAAACUUUGUUUAAUCCUGAUUCUAUAGAACAGUUUUCAGAAUUUUCAAGUUCUGACGAUUAUGAAUCUCAGCUAAAUGUUUCAGAUAUAGAAUGUAAUGAUGAUGUUUAUAGUAAAUAUUUUUAUAAAUUAAAAUGGAAAAAAGGUUUACCUGAACAUCAUAAAAGAACUUUAAAUUUGUUAAUGGAUAUUAUUCAAAUAAUUAUAAAUAAGCUAGUAGCUUAUGAAUUAAAUAUUAAUGAUCGUAUGCUAAAUUUUAAGGAUAAUACAAAUAAAAUUAUAGAAGUAUUAAAUAUGGUUCGUCGUGAUAAAAGGUUUAAUAUUGAAAAACAUUUCUUUUUUCGUGAUAGUUAUAAUAAACAGUUUGUUAAUCACUUAAAUAGAAUUGAAAAACAUAAAAAUAUCUCAGAAAAGAUUAAAUCAAUUACGAAAAAAGCAUGUUUAGCUCAAAAAAAGAUAGUUGAUGGUUUCAAUCAAAAUAUUUCAAAUGUUUACUAA